CAGCCACCCAAAGCUGGAAGUGCAAUUCCAAAUGAAGAAGCGACGAAGAAAAAACCUAGAAAAAAGAAAGAGUGUGCAAUUCCAAACGAAGAAGCAACAAAGAAAAAACUGAAACUCACCUGA